AUGAACAACAGCAAAGAAACCAAUCCAACGAAACCGGUUGCUUGCUUGAACACCACCAGCUCUAGCUCUGGGAACAGCGGCACAGUCGAUCAUGCCACUUUGGCCCCUCCUCCUCCUCCUACUUUGGACUGUACUCUGCAACGACUGGCUGAAGAAAGAGCUGCUAAAGAAGCCUUGAGAGCUAGCUUGGGCCGUACUGGAACUGGUACUGGUACUGGUGGUAUAGUUGCCAGCAGCAUACCGGGACCCCUGGUAAAUAGCACAGAUGACAGGAAGCCACCCCCUUCAGCAACUACUGCCACACGUGGACUCAAGAGAUCUGUGGAAGAAAAGGCUGCUAAGGAUGCCGCUCGACGUAGCCCUGGGAGUGCCACAGUUGGUGCCUCUGAUGCUGUAGAUAGUCCAUGUCCUCAGAGGGGGCUGAAGCGGUCGGAGGAAGAAAAGGAAGCCAAAAAAGCUGCACGGGGAAAUAAUUCUGGGGCGACAAAUCAAGCUGAAGUCACUUCAGCUAGCAGUGCUGCCAUGGCCAUGGUCAAUCACACGGGGUCAAAGGGAACUGCAGCAGCAUCUGCUAUGCAGCCUGGAGUGCAGUUUGUACCAGCAAGUGACACCAUUAGUAGCACUGAUGAACGUUCCUGUACGACCAUGCGUGGCCUUGCCAAGAACCGAAAACCGGCUGUCUCAGGGCAAGCACCAGCACCCACUUCUGGUGAACGUUCCUCUACGACAACACGCGGCCUUGCCAAGAACCAAAACCCAUCAGUCUCAGGGCAAGCACCAGCAACGGUCACAGAGAACGAAGCUGGCAACACACAGGUAGUUCAGUCCGAAAUAGCUUCUGUUGGUAUCAACGGGGAGGGACUUGGAAACACUAUACAAAGACAAAACAAGUGUGAAUCAGAGGCUCCUGCGUCUAUCCCCAAUUCCCAUCAGCCGUUGGAAAUUGAGGAUAAUGGUGGAGAUGCAGCGAACAUGCCCCGUGCCAGCCCCGUUGACGAGAAUCAGACAUUGCAGCAUGCUGUCCCUUUGGAACAGCCCAAGGCACCAGAAGGUUCUGGUAGGAAAUCACCUCUCAUCUUUAUCAUUGUUGGCUUGCUUGUGGUAAUUGGAAUCAUUGUGGCAGGAGUCUGUGGCAGCGGCCACUGCAGCAGUAAGGACUCUUCAUCAGAGGAACAAGAACUCAGUCCCAGAGAUAUGGAUGGCAUGGAAAUCAAAGCCCAGCUGGAAAAAGUGCUAGGUCCAACAUAUUUUGAUGGUUCCACAGACAACACAGAACCUCAUCAAAAAGCACUCAAGUGGAUCAUCCAUCAAGAUCCCCGCCAAUUGCCUCCAGAUUCCAACCAUCUACUCCAACGAUUUAUUUUGACACAGUUUUACUUCAGUACAUCGCAAGCCAGCCCUUGGAAGUUUUGUGGCGCUGCCAGUGGCGCACAAACAGACGAAUGUGAAUACAAAAUUGUUUAUAACAAUCGAGUUGGGUCGGAGCGAUGGUUGUCGGGAGUUUCCGAAUGCAGGUGGGCUGGAUGCAGCUGUAGCGGAGAGACGGACAAUAUUUCUAGUUUUUAUAUAUGGGACAAUAGGUUCACUGGAUCACUUCCAAGCGAACUAGGCUUGUUGUCGCAUGCACGCUCCUUGUCGUUAGGAAAACAAAACUUUACUGGCACCAUACCUUCAACCAUUUACCAAUUGACAGCUCUUGCCACUUUGUAUCUUUUGGGCAACAAUUUUACAGGAACCAUUAAUCCUGCAGUCUUCUCCAUGCCAUCAUUGAUUGGCUUGGACUUUGAUAGCAACCAAAUGACAGGCACCAUCCCAACUGAAGUUGGGCUCUUUCAAGGAAACUUGAUCUCCGUGUCCAGGAAUUUUCUUACAGGAACGAUUCCUUCCGAAUUAUUUUCCACCCAAAAAGUGAGGCAUAGUUGGUUUGGAGAUAAUAAGCUCUCUGGAACCAUCCCCACAGAAGUUGGGCUUUUAUCCGUGGGAGUCGAAAAAGCCUAUCUUGACAUUACAGAGUCAGGCGAUCAUGAAAGUGGUCCUACAUUCGAUUUCGCCCGCAAUAAUGCAUUGUCUGGGACAAUUCCAUCAGAGUUUGGUCUGGUAGACAAGCUACAUUGGUUCGAUAUACAAGAUACGAGCAUUGAAGGCACCAUUCCUGAAGAGCUAAUCUUGAGUUGCCUUCAUCUGGAAGUCCUCUCAGUAGAAAAUUGCAACCUGGGGGGUACAUUGAGCACCAACUUUGGAUUGCUCACAAACCUCCAAUAUUUGAUGUUGGCCAACAACAACUUUGAAGGUAGCAUACCUGUGGGGUUUGAAGCCCUGACAGGAUUGAAAGACUUUACAAUCAAUGGAAAUCCUGAACUGAGAGGGGGUAUUCCUGAUGGCAUGUGCUUGGAAAACGAUAGGUAUUCCCUUGGACUUUUUGACUUUGUUGCCGACUGUGCGGAGACCACACUCACAGCAAGUGAUGGAACAACCAGCACGGGAGAACCACUUGUGUCUUGUUUUGAAGGAUGUUGCAGUACAUGCUGUGAUGGGGGGACUGGAAUUUGCAAGGAACAGUAG